GUUGAUAUAUUGAGAAAGAAAGGAAGGUGGAGCAACUGAGCUUGGGCAGCAAGGCAAUUUUCAUUGUUGAGUGGGGAAUCAAGCGCGUGCUUUUGGUCUCUGGAGACUUUGGUACCAAAUUCGACAUGGAAUUUUGGUUGAAAGGAGCUAUUUAGGAGAAACCCAUGAAAGUAUUUUCGUAGAAACCAUGCCCAUUUCUCGGUUUCUUCUCUCAUGUUCUAGACGCCACUCAACUGAGGCUCUAAAUUUACUUCGAAGUGGCAUUUGUCGGUUCUACCCUAUUGGCAGGCCUAAAGAAAUGCAGUCUGUUCCAUCUAAGAGAAUCCAGUUUCAUAACUAUUGCAAAUCAUCAAAAAAACCUAAUGGGAGGUUAGGUAAUGAUCCAGUGAUGGCUAUAGAAACACAGACCACCCCUCGCUCAUGGGGUACUUAUGCCAUUCCAGCUGGUGCUAUACUAGGUUUUGUUGGUCUAGCAACUUUCAUUCAUUAUAACGAUGAGAGAAGGGUAACUUUAAAAGGCCAGGGUACUAGCUCUAGUGGAAAUAUUGUCAUGGGGCCAAUAAUUGGUGGUCCAUUCACUUUAGUAGACACAGAGAAUUGGGUAGUUACCGAAAAGAACCUUCUGGGAAACUGGGUUCUCCUUUGCUUUGGAUAUACUUCUUCUCCUGAUGUUGGGCCAGAGCAACUUCAAAUUAUGGCCAAAGCUCUAGAAAAAUUAGACUCAAAAUACAAUGCUAGGGUUCUACCGGUUUUUGUUACAAUUGAUCCACAACGUGAUACACCAGCUCAACUCCGUGCUUACCUUAAAGAAUUCGACCCCAGGAUUUUAGGGUUAACAGGAGCUGUUUCAGCUGUAAGGCAGAUGGCGCAGGAAUACCGAGUUUAUUUUAAGAAGGUUGAAGAGGAAGGGGAUGAUUAUCUUGUUGAAUCUUCCCAUAUGAUGUAUUUGAUGAACCCAAACAUGGAAUUGGCGAGAUGCUUUGGUGUGGAGUACAAUGCCGAUGAGCUAUCAGAGGCAAUACUAAAGGAACUCAAGCGAAACCCAAUCCAGUGACCAGAAAGGUUUUGAUACUUGUACCAAUUUUUUUUUUUUUUUCCAUCGCUUAACACAAAUUUUGUGAACUUUAUUCUAACAAUCUCCUCAUUCUUUUCUCGGUUCUAUUCAAAGAAAUUUAGUAGCAGUAUGAUCCUUAAAAGACUGUAAAUAUUUUUCAGUUUCUGAUUGAAAUUGUUAACUGGUAACCUAUAUAGGGUUUUGAAUUUCAGAGUCAGAUUCGGCCUAUUGAAACGGUA